AUGGUGUUUGUUGAAUUUAGCGAAUCGGCGGCUCUUUUCGACCAGGACAGUGCCCAUUUCAAGGCCCAACAGAAGUCUUGCAGUGAUCUCUGUGGAUUCUGUCCUUCCUGUAACGGUUUCUACUGCGGAGAGGAGUGUAUCUGCGAGUGCCGUCAGGAUGCCAAUGAGCAUGUCCAAUGUAUCAACAAAAUCAAGGAAAACAGUGACAAAUUGGGACUGAUCUACGAUGUACUGAUUCAGCUGCCGAAGAGUAAGACCAGGUUCGCCCGCAGUCCGGAACCCGGGAAGAAAAUCAACAUCAACGAUGAGGCCACAUUUCGGAAGGUGAUGGAGUUGAUACAGAUGCCGAUGCAACUAGCACAGCACCCGCUGCGGCGCAUGACUGGGAAGCAGAAUCGGCGAAACCAGGGCAGACGAGUCUCGCUGGAGCUGAGCUAGAAAGUGUGAAGAGGUAACCCGAGCCGGCGCGUCCGUGGUGUCCAGUAG